AUGGAGCAUGAAUCAGGAGAAAACCAAAAUGUUGCCAAAGGUACUCCAGUUAGUGGGAGAGUAUGGAAGGUGCAGAAGGAACCACUAAGGGUAAAGAGCAGGGUUGUUAAGAACAAGAAAUUAACAUCAUGGGAACUGAAAAAACAAAAAAGACUCGAAGAUAAACAGUUUAAGGAAAGGUUAAAAGCUCUAAGAGAUGAGAAGGAAGAAACUCGUCAAGCUAAGAUAGCCAUGUUAAAGGAAAGAAGAGAAAAGAAAGAAGAAAAUGAAAGAUACGAACGCUUGGCAGCAAAGAUGCAUGCUAAGAAGGUCGAGAGAAUGAGAAGAAGGGAAAAGAGAAAUAAGGCAUUGAAAGAACGUUAA